AGCCUCAUCUUCUUCUACUUCAAAUCACUAUGGAUCUCUCAUAAUAUUCUCUGUCAACCGAAAACCACACCAAUAAAAAAUAUACUAUGAUGAUAAUCGAGCCUCCCAUCGCCGUCCGCUUCCACGCCGGAGCCGCCGCGCCACCUCAUAAUAAUCGUUCAAUGUGGAGUGCUGAUGAUGUGAACGGUGUGCGUUAUGUUGCGUCGUGCCGGCUCGCAUGCAGCUGUGGUUUUGAUGUGCCUCGGAUUAUUAUCAGAGAUCAAAAGCACUACAGCCGCCCUUUAUUGAGGGUAAGAAGUAAAGUAUACACAGGCACUCCAUUCACAAGAAGAAACAAACUUGUAAAGAGUAGAAUUAGGGCAUCAUUGGAGAAUCUGGGCUCAGCUCAGGAUCCUAUAAAGAAAAAUGAGAAGUCAUCCUAUCAUCCAUUUGAAGAACUUGCGGUGUCGUCAUCAGAGAAUACUGAAGAUGCAACACUUUCAGCUGCAGAAACAAGCAGAACAAUUAUUGAGGUUAACAGCAAAGCAACACUGAUGUUCUCAAGUUUGAUUAGUGAUGAAUUUCAUGAAAAUAUUAUUUGGCCAGAUUUGCCUUAUUUGACUGAUGAGCAUGGAAAUAUCUACUUUCAAGUGAAGAACGGUGAAGAUGUCCUGCAGUCCCUAACAACAGAAAAUAAUUUUGUGCAAGUCAUUGUUGGUAUUAAUUCCAUGGAAAUGAUCUCCGAGAUGGACUUGUCUGGUCCUUCAGAAAUUGACUUUGGGAUCGAAGAAAUUGAUGAGGAAGAUUCUGAGGGUUUUGAGGAUAGUGAUGAAGGGGAUGAAGAUGAAGAUGAAGAUGAAAAUGAAGAUUAUGAUUCGGAAUGGGUGGCUGCUUUCUCAGAUGACGAUGAGCAAGAUGAUGAUGAAACACUUGCAGACUGGGCAAAAUUGGAGACUAUGCAAUCUUCUCAUCCAAUGUACUUUGCCAAAAAGUUGGCUGAGAUUGCUUCCGAUGAUCCUGUUGAUUGGAUGGAGCAGCCUCCGGCUUGUGUGGCCAUCCAAGGGGUUAUAAGGGCUGCUUUUGUUGAAGAACAUUCUACAAUACAGAAGCACCUAUCUGCUGGUCAAUCCAGUGACACCGACAUAAGUAAAACCAUAGAAAGUAAAGGGGAAAAUAUUGGUGUGAUUAAUGGUCAUGUGCUUAAUUCAGGAUCUUCUGGAGAUGAUGCAUCACAUCAGGUUGAAAACAAUGAGAAUAGUAUUGUCCCCAUUAGUGAAGCUCCAUUUUACAAAUUGGAGAUGAUUAAAAUUCAAGUGUUUUCUGCACAAGGGCAACCUACUGUCCUUGAAGUAGAAGAUUACAUGAAAGCCCAACCUGAUGUUAUUGCACACUCUGCUUCCAAAAUCAUAUCUCGUUUGAAAGCUGAUGGAGAAAAAACCUUGCAAGCCCUUAAGUCCUUGUGUUGGAGAUGCAAGGGUAUUCAAGUGGAGGAAGCACAACUUAUCUGUGUAGACUCGCUCGGAUUUGACCUAAGAGUUUGUUCUGGGACCCAGAUUCAAACACUGAGAUUUUCAUUCAAGAAAAGGGCCACAUCAGAGUACAGUGCUGAGAGACAACUCAAUGAUAUACUAUUUCCAAGAACUCACCCCAAGCAGCAAAAAAUGAAGCAAACACAUCAAAAUGAAUGCUAAAACUGUCUACUGAUUUUUGUAUGGUUUAUGUCUUUGGUCAAUGAUUGUGUAUAAAAAGCGAAAGGCAAGGAAAAAGAUCCGAUGUAGAUGCCAAUCAGGUUAUGUAGUUUGUUUACAUUUAAUUAUUAUUUUAGUUGGAAGUAAAUUUUUCCCCA